AUGGGAACUUCGCAAGGAAUACUUUGCACGUUGAGUCUUUGUCUGCUGCUAUUGGCCAACAAGCCUCUGGCUCGGGCACAGGAUGAAUCAUUGGCGGGCAGCUUCCUUUCCGGCCUGUUGGAUACGAUUACCAGCACAGCGGAUGCCAAGGAUUGCCCAGGUGUUUGUGUCCAUACGCUGGCCACGCUUAUCUGCUAUGAGGUGCUCGACGAUGUGCCCUGCCCCUCGCCCAGUAUGAAGUGCUGCAUAGAGAGUGCGCCAGGCAAAAACGCAACCGCUGUCACCACACCUAGAACAACGACAACCACAGUCAGCAGCAGCAGCUCCACACAGCGCACCUCCACGACUGUAAGUAGCACCACUAAACGUACCACUUCAACCACAACGACGACCACAACGCCCAAGCCAAAGCCAAAGCCACAGCCAAAGCGUCCAGCUGCAAGCACCAUCUCCACCACCACCAAGAAGCCAGCUGCCACCACAAAAAAGGCCACUACAACCAAAUCUAAGGAUAAACUGGAGGCUAGCAAAACGGAAAAUGAAAAUAAGAAUUGCACGGGCGUCUGUAUGGAGGAUCACAUAGCGGAAUAUUGUGAGUCCUACUUGACUAGCGGAGGUCUCUGCAAGGAGGGUACCAAGUGUUGCGUUUCACUGGAUGAGUACGCCAAUGGAAAGCUGCCUAAGGAUAUAUACAUACCUGCCAAGCACAUGAGCAAUCUGAAGAGCAAUCAAACUUUGCCCAAGCCCACGGCCAGCAAGACGACUAGCACCACAACAACUACUAGCACCACAAGCACUACUACCACAACGCCCGAGCCGGCACGCACCAAGACCCACAACAAUAACAACAGUCACGCACCAAGCAAGCCUACCAAGCACAAGAAGACCAGCACAACCACCACAACAGAAGCUGCUGCCCAGGAUGAGGAUGAUGAGGAGGAAGAGGAGGAUGAUGACGAAGAGGAAACAUCGAAUAAUAACCAUAGCAACAAGAACAAGCUCAAGUCCGGCCAAGAUCAGGGUCAAGUGAUGAAGGAAUGCGAGGGUGACUGUAUGAAUGGCAUCUUUGCCAUCUUCUGCGAUGAGAUCGAUUCCGAUGCCUUCUGCCCCGGGGAGGGUAGCUGCUGCUUAACGGGCACUGCCUCUGAAGUGACGCCUGCUAAGCCACCAACCCCCAGCAAGCCAGCCACCAAGAUAGCCAACAAGCCAGCCGCCAAGCCAGCGGCUAAGCCAGCACCACCACCGCCAUCACCAGCACCAGCUGCCACACAGUCUGGCGGAGAUCUGCUCUCACAGUUCAUAUCGUUUGCCGAAAGUACACUGAACUCACCUGCACCACCACCGCCGGCACCGCCAGCUGUGCCACGUUGUCCGGGUUUCUGUUUGCUCACCAUUAUGGCCGCCUUUUGUGAACGUCCCUCUGUGCUGUUAACGAAUCCCACGACCUGCUCCAAGGGCUCAGUUUGCUGUGACAAUUCGCGUGCCGGUGCACCCAAACCGAAAUUGCCGCCACCAACGCCGUCGCCAACGCCACCGCCCACAGCACCGCCCUAUGUACUGCCCAAUACGCCCACUCCAGAUCCACGCGAGGAAUGUCCCGGCUCCUGCAUUGUCAGCCUGCUCAGUUUCACCUGCUUCAAAAACGCCGAGAUGACAGAUCUAUUUAGAUGCAAACGUUCGGGUCAAAUUUGUUGCGCGCCCAAGAGCAAAAUUUUGGAGAAACAACAAUUCCAGACACGCAAUGACACCUCCUACUUCAACUAUCCGCCGCCACCGUAUGCACCACAGCCACCGCAGCAGCAGCCACCACCACCGCCGCCGUAUGCACCCAGCAAUUACAUGCCUAGUCCGCCUCAAGGACCACCACCACCACCGCACCACACGCAUGUUUAUCAACCAGGAUUGCCUCCUCCGCAAAGCUAUGCGGAUUAUUAUGGACCCGCACCUGGACAGCAGCCCGCACUGCCGCCAGUUGCACCGCCAGCACCACCGACAACAACCACCAGCACCACGACAACCACACCACGUCCACAUGUCUACUCGAAGUAUGUUUGCGGUGUCAAGGGCACCUUGCGUACGGGUCGCGCUCGCAGCUCGCCGGCCCUCAACUAUGUCUCCUAUGCACGCGCCAAAUACGGCGUACAGCGUACGGCUAGGCAGCUAGCCACAGUCUAUGCCGGCGGCAGCGGAAGCAUUAACAAAUCGAACGAACGCCUGGUGCUCGGCUCGGCCAUUGUGCCCAUUCAGAUUCACAAUGAUAAACUGGGUGAUCUGGUGGACAGCGGCGGAAUUCAGAGCAAUCAACUGCGCUCCUAUCAUGAUCAGCCAGAACAGUCGUCGUCUUCGGCGAUUGUCUAUCCGGAGUACUAUCAACGCAGCAGCUACUCGGAUCCCGGACAUCUGCAGGCCAACUACAGCAGUCGACGUCGGGCGCGAGUGGUUGGCGGCGAGGAUGGCGAGAAUGGGGAGUGGUGCUGGCAGGUGGCGCUCAUCAAUUCGCUCAAUCAGUAUUUAUGUGGUGCAGCGCUCAUUGGCACCCAAUGGGUGCUCACUGCAGCGCAUUGUGUUACCAACAUUGUUCGCUCUGGCGAUGCGAUCUAUGUGCGCGUGGGUGACUACGAUUUGACACGUAAAUAUGGCAGUCCGGGCGCCCAGACUUUGCGUGUGGCCACCACUUAUAUACACCACAACCACAAUAGCCAGACGCUGGACAACGACAUUGCGCUGCUCAAGCUGCACGGCCAGGCGGAGCUGCGAGAUGGCGUCUGUUUGGUUUGCCUGCCAGCACGUGGUGUUAGCCAUACGGCGGGCAAGCGUUGUACGGUUACGGGCUACGGCUACAUGGGCGAAGCUGGUCCCAUUCCGUUGCGUGUGCGCGAGGCGGAAAUACCCAUUGUUAGCGAUACGGAGUGUAUAAGGAAGGUGAACGCGGUCACGGAGAAGAUCUUCAUAUUGCCCGCAUCCAGUUUCUGUGCCGGCGGCGAGGAGGGACACGAUGCCUGCCAAGGCGAUGGCGGUGGUCCUUUGGUCUGCCAGGACGAUGGCUUCUUUGAGCUAGCCGGCCUCGUCUCUUGGGGCUUCGGUUGCGGUAGGGUGGAUGUGCCCGGCGUUUACGUGAAAGUCUCCUCGUUCAUAGGCUGGAUCAAUCAGAUAAUAAGCGUCAAUAAUUUAUAG